AUGGGGUGUUACAGGAUGAUGUCGGUUCCGAAUCACUCGUUACCUGACAUUCGACUCCCCGGUGCAGUGGCAGCUAUUAACCCUAUCAACUAUACCAUACAACUUAACAAACCUCCAGCGGCCGAAGCCCAGCGAGUUUGUGAUACUAGAGGGCAGGACGAAGAUUUAUCACAAACCAAUGAUAUAUCCUUCCCUAAUUGUGUUCUCAUCCGCCACCAGCCACUGCCGGUGUUCCAUCUCAGCUUCACCAACGGUCGGGAAUCUCUCCUAGAUGCCUCCGAUAUUCUUCCAGUCCGCAUGGCCGACAGUUGCGUCUUGGCCCUUUCACACCUACGUGAUGGAUACGCAAUUGUAAUCUCGGACGGAUUCGAACCAUCGAUUCUACGCCCGCUAUGCCUACCGGCCACCAAUCCAAGCUUCGUGAGGCUGCUACCUGCGGUCGUGGUCCUUGCGCUUGGCUUUGAACGCCCCUACUCACAUCCAGGCUCGCUAGGUCGCGUCGUUACACCCUCCCCCACAUGUCAGAUUGCAUGCACGUGA